AUGGCUUCAGCUGCUGCUAAACGUCUCACCGGCAAGACUAUCCUUGUCACCGGUGCCUCCUCCGGCAUCGGCCGUUCCACUGCUCUCGAGUUUGCCCGAACUGCGCCCAAGAAUGACCUACGUCUCAUUCUCACUGCGCGCCGUGUUGACACCCUCAAAGAGCUAGCCGAGCAGAUCAAGAGCGAGGUCGGUGAUGGCGUUCAGGUUCUUCCAUUCAAACUUGAUGUCAGCAACUCUGCUGAAGUGAAGAGCAUCGUAAACAACCUGCCUAAAGAGUGGAGGAACAUUGAUGUUCUUGUCAACAAUGCUGGCCUUGUCAAGGGUGUGGCUCGGGCUCCGGAAAUCGCUGAGGAGGAUAUGAAUAUCAUGUUCCAGACAAAUGUCACUGGUCUCAUCAACAUGACCCAGGCCAUCCUCCCUAUCUUCCUGGCCCGGCCUGACGGUGGUCACGGAGAUAUCAUCAACGUAGGCUCCAUCGCUGGUCGAGAGCCCUACCCUGGUGGCGGUAUCUACUGCGCUACUAAGGCUGCUGUCCGUAGCUUCACUGAGAGCUUGCGAAAGGAGCUCAUUGCCAGCCGCGUUCGUGUUAUUGAGAUUGACCCCGGCCAAGUUGAGACUGAGUUCUCUGUGGUACGAUUCUAUGGCGACAAGGCAAAGGCCGAUGCAGUAUAUGCCGGGUGCGAACCUCUCACACCCGAGGACAUUGCCGAGGUCGUCGUGUUUACCGCGACCCGCCGAGAGAAUGUUGUUAUUGCUGAUACACUAGUUUUCCCCAGUCAUCAGGCUGGUGCCGGUUCCAUGCAUCGAAAGGGGGCAUAG